AUGCCAAACCCCAUGGAAGGAAGGCCUGCCAGCACAGACGCAAUGGACACCAUAACUGGUUCUGCUGCUGCUUGUGGGGCCGCGGCUGCCAAUGUGUCAGCUGCUACUGCUGCUGCUGCUGCUGCUGCUGCUCCAGUCACGGCUGUACCAACUGUAUCUGCAGCCGUGUGUCCCACUUAUGCUGCUGCUGCUGCUGCUGCUGCUGCUGCUGCUGCUGCUGCUGCUGCUGCUGCUGCUGCUGCUGCUGCUGCUGCUGCUGCUGCUGCUGCUGCUGCUGCUGCUGCUGCUGCUACUGUUUGA